CCCACCCCUCACUCCCAGUCAGGCUCUCGCAGCUCUGUUGUGCGAGUCGUCGCUUCGCAGAAAGAGUUUCUGCCGGCAGAGUUGGACAUUGGCAGCUGCUUUUGAAGGAGUUCGGUUUCUUGGUUGCAGGACACCUGACUCAGCGAGGAGUCUCUGAUGCUUGCUGUUGAGCUGUAACCAGAACUGUACAUAAAAGAUGCGUAGGUCCAGCUCAGAGGGCACACUCUUGUAUGAAAUCUUCCCAUGGUAUGAAACAUCAGUUGGAAGACCCGAAUGCCAACAAAUGACGGUUGAGGGAGACAACUCCGUGGAGCAGUCAUGGAACACUGGAAAGACGGGACUGCUAAAUGUUCAGGAAGUUUCUCCCCUUCUUUGCACAAGUCUGAAGAAGACAGACCCUUUUAUUGAAGUAACUGAUGGACCUCAGCCAUCUUCUCUGGGAAAUAUACCAAUAGUCCGCAUUGAGAAGGAAUACAGCUUAAGUGUUGAAACUUUAUCUAACAUUGUCAGUGAGCAUCAGCCUGCUGGAGGAUGUUUUCUUGGUGUACCUGGACUGUCAGGAGUGUCUCGAGCCUACAGUGAUAGCCAGUUGGCACGAGAGGGACCCACAGAUGUCCUGGAUGGCACUCAUAAAGGCAAAAAUGACAGUAGAUGGACUUCAACAUCAUCUAAAUCAGUUCGUUCAGACAAUUGUCAAGGAAGGUUGGCUGCAGCCAAGGAUCACUUGCUCAAGUCCUUAUUUGGGUCUUCAAAACAGAACCUUCAUGCCAGUAUGGAAACAGAUUUGGACACAGUUGAUGGGAACAGAAAAGAGAAAAAAAGUCGACUUGCUUUUCUGAAGAAACGUAGUGAGGUUCCCGUGGCUUCAAGCACCAGUGAACUCAGACCCGGUCCUGAAGAAGCAAAGAAAUGGUCUGAGUCACUGGACCAUCUGCUGUGUCAUAGAUAUGGUGUUGCACUUUUCCGGGCAUUCCUGAAGUCAGAGUUCAGCGAAGAGAAUCUGGAAUUCUGGCUAGACUGUGAAGAUUAUAAACAGACCAAGAGUAACAGCCAACUUGCCCGCAAAGCCAAGAAGAUCUUCUAUCAGUAUAUAAUUCCUCAGGCACCCACAGAGGUCAAUCUGGACUCAAAGACACGAGAGGACACGUUCCAUCAUAUCCAACACCCAACUCCUACAACCUUUGACAAGGCUCAGAAACGUGUGUAUGGGCUGAUGGAAAAGGAUCCAUAUCAACGAUUUCUGCGGUGUGAUCUUUAUCUGUCUUUGCUUGAUCCAGAACUGCACAACGGUAGCCUAUGAAACACUGAAACACUUAGAGCAAAAACAGUUUGUAAUGUUUUCAUUGCUGUCAGACACUGGAUAUCUCCUACUUUUGUGUUGGUCUCCUUAGCUUUUCACAGAUCGCCUAUCUGAUUGCAUCAGUCUUUGCACAGUAAGGUAGGUACUGCAUGGAUAGACUUGUUAUAAAACUUGGGUGAAGUUUGAAAUACUAAAACAAUGCAUGCCUUCAGCAAUUAACAUAUCACAAAGGCUCAUUAGUAUCUGUUUUAAUAAUAAUAACAAAAAAAGUCCAGGUGUUGGAGGCAGCAUUCUAGAUGACAAUAUAAAUUGCUCAAAUGUAUCAGAGAAAUGUACAGUAAAAGAGACUUGAAAAACGCAUUUAAAAAUGUAAUAUCUAUAUUUUUCCAGCGUUUCCAUAAAUGUGCGUUAGUUCUAUAAAAAGUUAUGCAUACUUUACUUUUAAAUUAUAACUGAAAUAGAAAAAAAUAUCAUAGGGUAGUAGAUUCAAACACACUUUUUAAAGGUUGUAUUUUAAAUGGGAUGUACAUUUUAAGGAUAAACAGACUUUGCUUUUCUAGAGAUAUUAUUAUACCUGUUACUUCAUCUCCCCCCCCAACUUACAGCAAUCAUCUAUUUACUUGAUUAUGAUUAUUAGUGAUCAAUCUUUAAAGACUCUUUUUAGUUAUACUGCCUUUAGGAUUAAGUUGAGAAAAAUAACCAAUCAGGGGAGCUGCUUUGUUUUGUAUAUAUAAAAUCAGUGUGCUCUCUUUAUUAUUACUUUUAUUCAUAUACCUCCAUAUUACAGGCAUGCAGCACUCCAGAAAAUGUGGAAGUGUGGGUUUUUUUUGGUUGCUAUCCACUCAUUUAAUAUGAUAAAUGCUAACAUUUUCCUAAAGGUAAUCCACUUUCCAGUAAUGAAGCUCUGACCAGUGGCUGUGACUCUUUUUUAAGUUUCCCCUUUUAGUUGCGCAAUCAGUAAACUCGGUAUUCAGGAUCAAAUGUGUUUUUUGUAUAUAUAUAUGCGUGUAUAUUUUGUCAUGUAUAUUUAUACGGAUAUAUCACUAAAGAAAAUAAAUAUAAGUCACAAAAUAAAUCGGUGGUUCACAAUAAAUUGGAAAGAUUUUAA